CCAAAACGCGUGACAUCAGCCAAAGGCUGCUUCUUGACGUUCGAAACACGCGACGGAGUGUAGACGCUAUGUCAGCACUGCAGAACUUCGUCAAAGGUAGCCGCAAUGGCCGACCAGGCAGUCCUCAGAACGGGCAGCCAGUCAACCGACAGGCCAUCGCAGCAAAUGCGAGAGUUCAGAUGAAGCCAGGCGUCGCUCGACCGCCCACAGCACAAGGACUCCAUGCACGCGGCGAGAGCGUCGCUCAGCAUCAAUCUGCCUCUCUGCAACCACAGCACCUGCAGCGACGACCUUCAGGUGAAGGUCGAAAACGUGAUCCUUGGGAGACUGACGCUGAAAGCAGCAUUGAUACAACAGUCAAUCAAUCGGGUGUUGAAGUCGAGAACAGUCCGCAGGUUGACCAGCAGCUGUUACAGCCUGACAACGAAGAGUCUGAGACUGGUGGUGACGAAGAAGCUUCUGGUGAAGAUGAGUUCGAUGAGGAAGAGGAGCCCGAAAUUGACGAGACGCUGAACGAGUACCUUGCCCAACACAACAUGGCUCAUGCCAGCCAUGAAGAGCGCAUGCGGUUCUUGCAAGAAACUCAACCACAGCUCUUUCGCACAAUCGACGGUGACUCAUACCCUACAACAACUGAUGGUAAUCCUACAGAGUUGGAUGAGCAGCAGGAGCCACUCUUCGAGGACCUCGGUUCGCCAUCGCCCUCUCCACAACGCCUUCCUCAACACGGAACAAACGCACCGUUAUUCAAUCAGCAGCCUCUGCAGCGAAACUCGGCAUCAGAUGUACCACAUGCCAAUACUGCCAUGCCCCAGAACUCCAAACUUUGGCGACAGGGUGCGCAGAUUCGUGGACAACAACGCACUGACGGUGCUGUACAUGUUCGUGGACAAUCAGGCCAACAGCAUAAGACAGCCCUUCCACCAACAAGCCGACCAGCCACGUACAGCCAGGUCAGCCGCGAGCAAGGAUUGGCUGCACCUCCAACCGCUCAUCCUCGACCUGAGGUCGUCAUUCAAGGUGAUUCGGGCGGUCUUCCGCAACGAUCCUCAAGGUUGCCAACGGGACCACGACGUAUUCAGAACCCAGUUCCAAAGAUCACGGAGCCCGCAGCUAUCUCGAAGCACGCUUCGACGGCCCGUGCUAAGGUAGUACCUAUUGUCCAGCAGCAUGUCGAACCUGCUCCGAUCGAAGAGCCUCCGACCCUUCCGGACGGCGACUACAAUCCAGAUGUCCUCUUCAAAAUGGACUACGACCAGCUAAGAGACGAGAGCUUUGACAGGAAUCCACAUGAGGCCGACCCUGUUCUGCCUGAAGAUAUGCGCGACAAGUCUUUGGACGAGCGUUUGCUCUUCGCGCAACACAAGCUUGACCCUGCCGCCCAAUUUGAGUUCUUCAGUGCGCUUCCGACCAACGAGUGGGAGGAUGCGGGUGAUUGGUUCCUCGAUCAAUUCAGCGCUAUCAUCAAGAGAACUAGAGAAGCACGACAGAAGAAGCGGAAGGCCGCUCGGGAUUUUGAGCAGCAGAUCGAGGAGCGCCACAAACACGUUGCGAAGAAGCAGCGCCUUGUUGAGGGUGCCAUGGCCAAGAUGAAGGCGCAGGGCGAGGGGUUGGUGCCGAAGAGCCCAAGGGCAUCCAAGAGUCCUCGACCGAGGAGGGGCUAAGAGACAUGAUGCGUCAUCAAAAGACAUCGUUUUCAUCCAUGAGGAAGACUGUAAGGCUGUGAAAGGAGGAGCGUUGCAUCAUGCAAGAGCAGCAUCACUUUCAGAGAUGCGGUUAUCGCAGUGUCAAUGUUGUUGGGCCGCAUCUGUUCUAUACCCG